UGUGCUGUGCCACUUCCCUCUCAACUUUGCUACUGAUGACUUCUUCUUUCUUUUUUAUGACACAACCUUUAGAAGCUGCCUGUGGAUGGGGUGCUGUUUUGGAUUAUUUUGUACCCUCCCCAAACUAAAACCUUUAAUUUCUCUGAAGGGCUUUAGAACUUGAAGGAGACCAAGUUUGGAGACUCCUCGGAGGGAUGCACCGUGAACUGCUUCACUUUUUUGCCUCCAUGUGAUUUAACAACCAAAAAAAAAACACAAAGGAGUGCUUUGAUAUUAUUUGGCUCUUUUCCCAGCUCCUUUCCCCCCCCCCUGGAGAUCCAACUUUCCACACGGAUUAUCGGUGACUUACUUCCAGUGGAUAUCAUGCAGCUUCACCGGCUUUGGGCUCUCAUGGUGCUGUGCGCCGUGUGCUCCGUGGAUGGAUGCCCACACAAGUGCAGCUGCUCUGGAUCCCAUGUAGACUGUCAGGGUCUGGGUCUGAAGACGGUACCAAAGGGGAUUCCACGCGGUGCUGAGCGCCUGGACAUGAACAGAAACAACAUCACCCGGAUCACCAAAGUGGACUUCUCCGGCGUCAAGAACCUGAGAAUCCUUCAUCUCGAGGACAACCAAAUCAGUGUCAUCGAGAGAGGAGCCUUCCAAGACCUGCGACUGCUGGAAAGACUACGCCUGAACAGGAACAAACUGACUGUUCUUCCAGAACUCCUUUUCCAGUCCAACCCCAAACUCGGCAGACUAGACCUGAGCGAGAACCAAAUCCAGGCAGUUCCCAGGAAAGCCUUCAGAGGAAUCACCAAUGUCAAGAACCUCACCCUCAACAACAACAACAUCACCCUCAUCCCACUGUCCAGCUUCAACCACAUGCCUAAGCUGCGGACACUUCGUCUGCACUCCAACAACCUUCACUGUGACUGUCACCUGUCCUGGCUCUCUGAUUGGCUGCGGGCAAGGCGGGGCCUGGCGCCCUUCACACAGUGCAUGGCCCCCGCCCACAUGAGGGGCCUGAAUGUCCCUGAUGUGCAGAAGAAGGAUUUUGUCUGCAGCGGCCCCGCCUACACCGAGUCUAGGACAUGUGCGCCCCUAGUGGCCGUGUGCCCUCCCAGCUGCAGCUGCAACAACAACAUUGUGGACUGCCGCCGCAAGAGUCUGACUGAAAUACCGGCCAACCUCCCGGAGGGCAUCGUGGAGAUUCGUUUGGAGCAGAACUUGAUCAAAAGCGUCCCGCCAGGAGCCUUUUCCUCCUACAAGAAGCUCAAGAGGAUAGACUUGAGUAAGAACCAGAUUUCCGACAUUGCCGCCGAUGCCUUCAGUGGCCUCCGCUCGCUCACCUCCUUGGUGCUGUACGGCAACAAGAUCACAGAGCUUCCCAAAGGAUUGUUUGAAGGCCUGGUGUCCCUGCAACUAUUACUCUUGAACGCCAACAAGAUCAACUGUCUUCGCGUCAACACCUUCCAAGACCUGCACAACCUCAACCUGCUGUCGCUCUACGACAACAAGUUACAGACUAUCAGUAAAGGACUUUUCGCUCCACUGCGAUCCAUCAAAACUCUUCAUCUGGCUCAGAAUCCCUUUAUGUGUGACUGUCACCUGAAGUGGCUAGCGGACUUCCUGUUUGACAACCCCAUAGAGACCAGCGGGGCACGCUGCAGCCACCCACGAAGGCUCGCCAACAAGCGCAUCAGCCAAGUUAAAGGAAAGAAGUUCCGCUGCACAGGUCAAGAGGAUUAUCGCAGCCGCCUGAGUGGCGAGUGUUUCCAGGACCUGGUUUGUCCCGAGAAAUGUCGCUGCGAGGGCACCGUGGUGGACUGCUCCAACCUGAAACUGACCCGCAUCCCCGCACACAUCCCGGAACACACCACAGAUCUGCACCUCAACGACAAUGAGAUCAGCAUACUGGAGGCUACGGGGACGUUUAAGAAGCUGCCAAACUUGAGGAAGAUCAACCUGAGCAACAACAAGCUUCGGGACAUCCGCGAGGGAGCUUUUGACGGAGCGUCUGGUGUCCUGGAGCUUCUACUGACAGGCAACAAGCUAACGGGACUGCAGGGACGAAUGUUCCGCGGCCUCACGGGUCUAAAAACUCUGAUGAUGCGGAGCAACCAGAUCAGCUGCAUUGACAACACAACAUUUACAGGCCUGAGCUCGGUACGCCUGCUGUCUCUGUAUGACAACCGGAUCUCCAGCAUCGCCCCGGGAGCCUUCGCCACCCUGCAUUCCCUCUCCACCAUUAACCUCCUAUCCAACCCAUACGUGUGCGACUGUCACUUGGCCUGGCUGGGUCAGUGGUUGAAGAAGACCAGAGUGGUGAGUGGAAACCCUCGCUGUCAGAGGCCAGCCUUCCUGAAGGAGAUCCCCAUCCAGGAUGUGGCAAACCCUGACUUUACAUGCGAUGGUGGCGAGGAUAACGGCUGUCUUCCUGCGUCUGGCUGCCCGGAUGUCUGCACAUGCUCAGACAGCGUGGUGCGAUGCAGCAACAGAGGGCUGCACUCGCUGCCCAAGGGCAUUCCCAAGGACACCACGGAACUUUACCUGGAGGGAAAUAUGCUGACUUCUGUACCCAAGGAACUGGCGGCCCUGAAGCAUCUGUCACUGGUAGACCUGAGCAACAACAGCAUCAGCACAGUGGCUCCGUACACCUUUAGCAACAUGACACAACUCGCCACACUCAUCCUCAGCUACAACCAAAUUCGCUGCAUCCCGGUCCAUGCCUUCAACGGACUGAAGUCGCUCCGCCUGCUGACUCUCCACGGCAACAACCUCUCCACAAUCCCCGAUGGAGCGUUCAACCAUCUCGUCUCCUUGUCUCACCUUGCUCUCGGUGCAAAUCCCUUGUACUGUAACUGCGACCUGCGCUGGCUCUCCCAGUGGGUGAAGGCUGGCUUUAAAGAGCCUGGCAUCGCUCGCUGCAGCGGACCUCCCGACAUGGCUGACAGGCUGCUGCUCACAACACCGCUCAACAAAUUUCAGUGUAAAGGGCCGGUAGAUAUCACUCUUGUGUCCAAGUGCGCCCCCUGCCUGGCGGAACCUUGCCAAAAUAACGGGACCUGUGUGUCUGACGCAUCAGGAUCUUACCAUUGCACCUGUCCGUUUGGAUUCAAGGGUCAGGACUGUGAAACACCCAUUAAUGCCUGCGUUAGUUUCCCCUGCUUGAAUGGAGGAACGUGUCACCUUCAUCCUGGCCUUGAAGACAACUUCAGCUGCGUGUGUCCCCCGGGCUUCGAGGGCCAACGUUGCGAGGUCAACCCGGAUGAUUGCGAGGACAACGACUGCGAGAACAACUCCACCUGCGUCGACGGCGUCAACAACUACACCUGUCUCUGUCCACCCAACUACAGCGGUGACCUCUGCGAGGAGGUGCUUGACCCCUGCCUCCACGGCUUCGACCCCUGUCAGCAUGAUUCAAAGUGCAUCCACGUCGGGCGCAGUUACAGAUGUGAGUGCCUGCCAGGAUAUGUGGGCCACUACUGCGAGCAAGACUACAACGACUGUCUGGAGAACAAGUGUCAACAUGGCGCAAAGUGCGUGGACGCCGUCAACGGCUACACGUGUGUCUGCCAGGAGGGCUUCAGCGGUCUGUUCUGCGAGAACACCCCACCCAUGAUCUUGCUCCAGACCAGCCCCUGCGACCAGACAGUUUGCCAAAACGGCGCCCAGUGCCUACUGGUGGCCGGCGAGCCGGUCUGCCGUUGUAUGCCUGGAUUCUACGGCAGCAAGUGCGACAAGAUGGCCACCGUUCACUUCCUGGGGCGCGAGGCAUACGUGGAGCUUCCGGGCGCCAAGCUCCGUCCCACCGCACAUAUUUCCUUUCAGGUGGCCACUGACAAAGACAAUGGCAUUCUGCUGUAUAAGGAAGAUCACGAUCCCCUGGCUUUGGAACUGUACCAAGGACACAUACGACUCAUCUACGACAUGGCCAACUAUCCUCCCACUACGGUGUACAGCGUGGAGUCUGUCAAUGACGGGCUUUUCCACACAGUCGAGCUCUUGAUUCAGAACCACUCGCUCAGCCUGGUGGUGGAUGACGGCACCCCUAAGAGCCUGGGCAUGCUGGCACGCCAACCCUCCGUUGACCACAACACACAGCUCUACAUAGGAGGCGUACCCUACCAGGUGGUGGCUUCCGGUCUACGGCCCAGCCCGGAACGCUCCCCUCAGUUCUUCAAUGGUUGCAUCCACAAUGUCCAGAUCAACGGGGAACCGCAAGACCUGACUUACCAGGCCACAGGAGGCCGGCCCGUGGAGGGAAAAGGCGAUGGCGUCCUGGUGGGCUGCCACUCUUGCAGCGUGUGCGCACAGGGGACGUGCAGAGAGGGCGGCGAGAUGGGCGUCACCUGUCAGUGCCCGCCGGGGCGCAGCGGGACCUUGUGUGAACAGACGACGACACCCAGCCCCUGUCAGGACAGCAGAUGCGUCCACGGUGCGUGUGUGCCCAGGGGGCCGUCCUACAGCUGCCAGUGUAGCGACGGCUACCAAGGACAGUUCUGCGAGCAGCAGCAGGAGCCGUCGGCCUGCAGGGGGCAGCGUUGCGGCCACGGAGAGUGCAGACUAUCGGAGGGCGGGGAGCCGGUCUGCAACUGUCUGCCCGGUUACACCGGACCGACCUGCGACACGGAGGUGACGUGCCAAGGCGAGAUGGUGCGCGAGCAGCUGAAGCGCCACCAGGCCAUGCGGACGUGCACGUCCACCAGCAGGAUCCCGCGCAUGGAUUGCCCCCGCUCGUGCCAAACGGCGGCGCCCCCUGGGGUCUGCUGCGGCGUGACGAAGACUCGAAGGAGGAAGGUGGUGUUCCGCUGCACCGACGGCACCUCGUACUCCGAGGAGAUGGAGACGGCUUUGGAGUGCGGUUGCGCCAGGUGCCCGUUGUAACGGCGCCUCGCUCGCACGUGGGCCGCCAUCUUGUGAAUUUUGGGGCUCUGUUAACAACUGUUGAUGAGCGCUGCCGCCAUUAUUAUUAUUAUUAUUAUUAUUAACACCAUUUUUGUUUACACAUCCCGUUUGACGGCCGCCAGAUUGCUGCAGGAGAAACCACAAUGGGGACAUGCGUGUUUUAUGUGUGUGUGUGUGUGUCAGAGUGUGUGUGUGUGUGUGUUGACAGAGAGAAAUAUAUUGUAAGAUACAAGGGAGGAAAAAAAAAGCAUAGAACUUAUUUUUAUUAUGGAUUUUCUUCUCUAAAAGAUGAUAAAGGACUGUUUUAAAUGUGUUGAUGAUACGUACAAUGUGUUACAUAGGAUGAAAAGUUAUUUUGUACCUUAUAAGAACAACAAUAUAGAUUAACAUUCCUUCAAAGUAUAAGAAUUUAUAUAUGUACAUGUAAAGAUAUAUAUAGGAAUUAUACCCUAAUGCCAUUCAUUGUGUAUUUGCAUGAUCUUUUUCUGUGGGGUGGCCUUUGGACACUUCAGUUGAUGGCCACUAGGGGGUGGUGACUUUCACAUCCUUUUUGGCCGGAAAAGGGAACCAUACGUGCCUCGCUAACCUGCUACGGACAUCAUCAUCCUCACUUUGAAGACACUUUUACACAGAGAUGUAUUUUUAUAACAUUUUUUUUUGUCUAUGAAGCGACUACGUCAACAAUGGCCAUUAAGUAAAGUAGUAUAUUGACUGUAUUUCAAGUUACUGGAGUUAUUUGGGGGGAUUUUUUUAAAUUUUUUGCAAUAUUUGCUAAUUUACUUUAUUUAAUUAUAUUUUUUAAAUUUUUUGGGGUGGCAUUUUUUUUUUUAUUAGCACACCAUUUUGUCUAAAUUACCAUUUUCCGGAUUUUGAUUGGCGGAACAAGACAUUCAAUUGUGACCAAGUGUAGACUG